AUGGCUUUCCCAUUUCUUCUCAUUCUAUUUCUUUCAUCUCUCUCCUCCAUUCCCCAUUCAGAAUCUGCACUCACCAUCGACUACUACGCAAAAACAUGCCCAAAAUUUGAACAGAUCAUGCAAGAAGUCAUCACAAAUAAGCAAAUCACCAACCCCACCACCGCCGCUGCCACCCUCCGCCUGUUCUUCCACGACUGCAUGGUUGAUGGCUGUGAUGCCUCCGUUCUGAUCAGCUCCAACUUUGUCAACCAGGCGGAGAGACGCCGACAUCAACAACUCCCUCCCUCGCGAUGGCUUCGGCUUCUUUGUCCGCGCCAAGACCGCCCCGGUAUUGUAUCUUGUGCCGAUAUUCUGGCUCUCUCCACUCGCAACCUCGUCAAUAUGCUUGGCGGGUUCAAUGUUCAAGAAAUGGUUGCCCUAACGGGUGGUGGACACACUGUUGGGUUCGCUCACUGCAAAGAGUUCAGCAAUAGAAUCUUCGGCUACAGCAAAACCUCAGAGGUUGAUCCAGCUCUCAAUCCCAUGCUCCCCGACGCUUUAAGAAAAGCUUCAGACCAUGCACUGGUUUCAGACCCGAGGACAAAGCCGUUGGUCGACAAGUAUGCCGGCGACCAGGCGGCAUUCUUCCGUGAUUUUGCUCAUGCUAUGGAGAAGCUUAGCGUCUAUGGUAUCAAGACGGGACACAAGGGAGAGAUCAUGCAAGAAGUCAUCACAAAUAAGCAAAUCACCAACCCCACCACCGCCGCUGCCACCCUCCGCCUGUUCUUCCACGACUGCAUGGUUGAUGGCUGUGAUGCCUCCGUUCUGAUCAGCUCCAACUUUGUCAACCAGGCGGAGAGACGCCGACAUCAACAACUCCCUCCCUCGCGAUGGCUUCGGCUUCUUUGUCCGCGCCAAGACCGCCCUCGAGCUGGCUUNACUUUGUCAACCAGGCGGAGAGACGCCGACAUCAACAACUCCCUCCCUCGCGAUGGCUUCGGCUUCUUUGUCCGCGCCAAGACCGCCCCGGUAUUGUAUCUUGUGCCGAUAUUCUGGCUCUCUCCACUCGCAACCUCGUCAAUAUGCUUGGCGGUCCGUACUAUAAAGUCCGGCUCGGCCGGGCCUGUUUCUCAGGCUACACACGUCGAAAGAAACCUAGCUAGGGCUAAUACUUCCAUGAACAAGAUGAUCACUUUGUUCAAAUCCAAAGGGUUCAAUGUUCAAGAAAUGGUUGCCCUAACGGGUGGUGGACACACUGUUGGGUUCGCUCACUGCAAAGAGUUCAGCAAUAGAAUCUUCGGCUACAGCAAAACCUCAGAGGUUGAUCCAGCUCUCAAUCCCAUGCUCCCCGACGCUUUAAGAAAAGUUUGGGCCAAUUACACCACCGAUCAAUCAAUGUCGGCCUUCCUCGACGUGAUGACACCAUGCAAAUUCGACAACAUGUUCUUCCAGAACUUGCAGAAGGGCUUGGGGCUAUAGGCUUCAGACCAUGCACUGGUUUCAGACCCGAGGACAAAGCCGUUGGUCGACAAGUAUGCCGGCAACCAGGCGGCAUUCUUCCGUGAUUUUGCUCAUGCUAUGGAGAAGCUUAGCGUCUAUGGUAUCAAGACGGGACACAAGGGAGAGGUGAGGCAUCGAUGCGAUGCGUUCAACUCGAUCAAGAUCUAAGCAGAUUUCUACUUUGAUGGCCAUGGAUAUGAUCAAGACAGAGAAAAUCGUUUUCUGUUCAUCUUCUAAAAUUUCUUCUUAAGCAUCUGGUGGUGAGAGGAUUGAGAUAAUUUUGAUUGACUUUUACUCCAUACGAUAGAAAACGGGUUGAUGUAGAUAUUAUUCUCUCCGUUAUUUUUUCACAUAAUUUCACUCAAUAGUAAAUCACCCACGAUGUAUUCACAUGGAACCCAU